AUGACUGUUUCUCAUGUACCAUUAAGAGACAUCAUCGGAAAGGAAAGGCUAUUACAAUCAAGGGAACUUCAAGAUCAAAUCAGCAAACAACAAUUUUCAUGGUUAAGUCGAACUUCUGGAGAAGAUGUUCACGAUUGGUCCAGAGUUUCUCAUGGUGAUAUAGUUUGUUUCAUAUUAUUUAGAAUGAGACCAGGAAUCAUAGAUAUUCAUCAAAUUACAGACGGAGUUGACAAAUUUUCUCGAGUAACAAAUUGGAAAAUAGUUAAUCAAGCAAUGAGGAAGUUAGGAAUGUGUUGGAAUUACAAUGAAGUUAAACUUGUACAAGAAGAUGUGCAAGAACUUUCUUCUGUAAUAAGAGCAAUAAAAAGAUGGGAAACUAGAAAUUUAGAUGAACCACUGGAACCUUUAACUCCCGAUGAGUGGGACGAUGAUGAGCUUCCUCCUUGGUUUUCUCAGCUAGCUGCCAAGAAAUUAGAAGAAAAGAAAUUAGCUGCUGGUGAAUCAAGUAUUAAGACUACGAAACAAACUACAAAGAAGGAUACUACACAUAGAAGAAUUAGAAAACAACAUAUAGAAAUGUUUUUGCAAAUGGGUGCAAAAGCACCAAAAGCAGUGCCUAGAGAAGUUCCGAUGUGGAAAGAUAAGCCUGCUUUUGAUAUUUGGGUUGUUGGAGCUCAAGAAAAAAGAUCGAAAGCAAGAUCUGCCUUAUUACAAAGAAGAUUUGAGACAUCUCAAUUGCAACAGACGCAACCUGAGUUUGAGGCUGAAGGAGAAUUUGAUCAAGCACAAGAUCAAUAA